AACCAUAUCACGAGGUCGUAUACAUGUUUGCUUACUGUAACGGUCGUCAAAGUGUCGAGCCUCGUUCCUCUUACCAUUAUCAAGGGCGCUGGCCACGAGUUCAUCCCCCUCCCCGAGGGCGAGAACGCCACCGUUGCCGACUUCCACUCGAUCCGCACAAAGACCACCGACUCUCCCGCCCACUUCACGUCGGGCUUCUACAAGAUUGUCGCCGGCCCUUCCCGCCCCGCCCACUACACUUUUGAGGAGACCAAGUACGUCCUCAGUGGUCAGAUCGAUAUCUUGGACGAAGCUACUGGAAUUACUCACCACCUUGUCCCCGGCGACUUUGCCUUCUUCCAUGUUGGAUCGAAGGUCCAGUUCUCCACCAAGUCCGAGGGCCUUGCCUUUUACGCGGUUACCAGGCCUGUGCGAGUUGCUCACCCAAAUCUUGUUGGUAGAGAGGAAGAUGUGAAAUCUAAGCUUUAA